CCCCUCCACUCUAUUUGUGUCUCCUAUCCGCAUCUGCCCAUCACAGUCUUCCUCUCUGCGCUGGACCUGCUUGCUUUCCUCUGCGUGCGUGGUUGACCUGUGGAGACUUUCCAACGAAGGAAGGAGGAAGACAAAAGAGUUAACCUAUGCGUGCAGAGUGUGGACUGAGCGCAGCUGUUUCGUUCAAAGAAGGGCCCAACAUGUGAGAAGAUGUCUGUUGGAGGUUGUGCUUGUCCCGGCUGUUCGUCAAAGUCAUUCAAGCUGUACUCUCCCAAGGAGCCCCCCAACGGUGGCAGCUUUCCCCCCUUCCACCCAGGCGCUAUGCUGGACAGAGAUGUGGGGCCUACACCCAUGUACCCACCCUCAUACAUGGAGCCUGGAAUGGGGAGACCCACACCGUAUGGGAACCAGACAGAUUACCGGAUAUAUGAGCUGAAUAAAAGAUUACAGAACUGGACGGAGGACUGUGACAAUCUUUGGUGGGAUGCGUUUACUACAGAGUUUUUUGAAGAUGACGCCAUGCUCACCAUCACUUUCUGUCUGGAAGAUGGUCCCAAACGAUACACCAUUGGCAGGACGUUGAUUCCUCGAUACUUUAGGAGUAUUUUUGAAGGAGGUGCCACUGAGCUGUUUUAUGUUUUGAAGCAUCCAAAAGAGUCUUUCCAUAGUAACUUCGUGUCACUUGACUGUGACCAGUGCACUAUGGUGACCCAGAAUGGCAAACCCAUGUUCACACAGGUGUGUGUUGAGGGACGUCUCUACCUGGAGUUCAUGUUUGAUGACAUGAUGAGGAUCAAGACGUGGCAUUUCAGCAUCAGGCAACACAGAGAAGUCCUGCCAAGAAGUAUUUUGGCUAUGCAUGAUCCCCAGAUGCUGGAUCAGCUGUCGAAAAAUAUCACCAGAUGUGGACUCUCCAACUCAACGCUCAACUACCUCCGUCUAUGUGUGAUACUGGAGCCAAUGCAAGAGUUGAUGUCCAGGCAUAAGACGUACAGUUUAAGCCCCAGAGACUGUCUGAAGACUUGCCUUUUCCAAAAGUGGCAAAGGAUGGUGGCACCUCCAGCUGAGCCGGCCAGACAAGCUCCAAAUAAGCGACGGAAAAGGAAGGUGUCUGGCGGGAGCACCGUGAGCUCCGGUGGAGGCAACAACAACAACAGCAACAGCAAAAAGAAGAGUCCAGGCAACAGCUUUUCACUUUCCAACCAGGACCUGGUUGGAACAAAAACCUGUACAGUGCCGGAGCUUGAGGACCGGAGUUGAGAACCACUACGCUAAAUGUUAAACACACUCUCUCUCUCUCUCUCUCUGUCUCUCUCUGUCUCUCUCUCACACACCCCCACAGCCCUACAAAGACACACUCUGGCAUACACCCAAACACGUAGUGUCACCUACAUCUGCGGCAUAAAACAUUUAAGGUACUGGAGAGAGGUGGCACGCAGCAUGUCUGGAUCAGAUGGCCAGAUGCCACAGAAGUUUUUAUUUUAUUUCAUUUCUUUUCUUUUUCUAUCUUUUAGAUUUGUGCUCUUUUUUCUGUUUUUUUUGUAAACUAUUUUUAAAUAGACGGACAAACAAAAGCACCCCAGAAUAUUCUUUGCACUGUUUUCCACAAUUAACGGCAAUCUAUUUUUCUUAUGGAGUUGACAGUGUGUUAUUUUUUUGUUUCUUUUCUAUUAUUGCUAAUGUAAGAAGUGUAAAACAUCUUGAGACUUGCAGUAUAUUAAUGUGUAAGUAUUGCUGUUAGAUCAUUCUAAUUGUGAUGGUAAUAACUAAUAUAAGCCUCCGCUUAACAUGUCAUCCAUCCGUGUCGGGCAUCUCGCUGUUAUCGGGCUCACUGACUUCACCGCUAAGACAAGCUGGGGAGAACAAGGCUAGUGUUUUUACUACUGUGCUGCAUCUGCUUUGAUGCAAGUCCAAAGCAGUACACUGGAAACCAGUUUCCCCCACUAAAUAUCCAUCUGUUGUCUUAUCAUGGAAGAACCGUUUUGCUUCGUCUUGAAAUCUCUUAACUUGCGGUCAUCUCUUCAGAGAAUAUAGUAACAGAGAUCUUCUUAAAUUUGCUACUCAAAAAUAUUUUAAAAGCAAGUUUUGACAGGAUUGUAAAAUAAGAAAAAAAAAAAAGACUUUUGUAUUAACUUAAGCUUCCAAGAAAUGUUUUUAAUUACAAUUUAAAAAAAACAAGAAAAAAAAGCUGCAGACCAAGGAGCUCCAUGUAAAGAUUCUUAUACAGUUACACAGCGCUGUUUUAUGUUUUUCUUGAUGAAUCAUUUGUUGGCUUUACUCUCCAUGUUUGUGUCUGUGCUUGUAUAUUUUUAGGUAGUAAUUUCUGUAAAAGUUAUUCAAUGUAUUCUUCCCUAAAACUAUGAGUAACUCAAUCUAAUGUAAAGAGAUGAAAAACAUCUUUUUUUUAAUGUCCUUUUUUUUUCUUUCUUUUUCUCCUUAAUUGUACAAUCACUGUUAAAAUAAUUCCCCCCUCAUUUUAGCAAACUGUAUUUAUUUUUCUAUGUACUGAAACUCUGUUGAGGUCCGACCCACCUGUACAAAUACCCAUGUUAAUAUACGGAGGAAUUUGUGGGGCUGCUGAGUCAGUUCAUGCUAUCAGAGCUGAUUUGUUUUGAAAUAAAGCUCCCUGGUCAUUCUGUUACUGUCUCAUUCAGGAGACGUCUCAAAGCUGUAGGGUUCUGCUCCAUCAGGUGCUUGAAAACCAGUAAAGAACCAUAAUUAGUGAAAAUCUUAAUUAGAAGUCUGUAUUUGUGCCUCCAGCUCCUCCAGAUAAUAGAAAUGUGCCACAAUGGUGCAACCGGCAUUGAACAUUUAUUAAAAUUACUAUGUUUUAUGUCAUUGUGGGUUUGUUUUGAGACUAUUUAACAUAUUUUUAAUACAUCUAAAAUCUGUAUGUGAUUAGAAAUAUAUUGAGAUAUGAAAUGAAUGGCAGAGUAUAGCGAUGCUGACCAGUGUCCUGGGCAGGUACGUGCGUGAAAGGAGUCGGCUGGUGGAUGGUAAUUUGCAGAUCCUCCCAGCAGGGGUCUCACGGAGCAACAGACUGAGCAGCCUGUCAGAAAUUCCUCCAUCAUUUUAUCUGGCAGAAAUGCCGUCUGUAUAGCCACACUGAGCUGCAAGCCAUUGUUUUAAAAAAUAAAACCCCUCCUUCAUCGUCUCCGGCACCUCGUAGUUAACUUUUGUGGCGUACCAGUUAAGCAGGCGGACACAGAACUGAAUCCAGGGACAACUUAUCAGCACCCAGUGUUUUCUAAGUUGUAAUACCUGUAAUUAAGAAAAUAUAAGGGUGUGUAAAGGGCAGAGAAAUGGCAAUUCACUUGUAGCUGGUUCUUGUAGCACCUCAUCAUAGGGGUGGUUUUAUAUCUAUAUUUUUUGCCAGGUUUCUGUCAUUGAUAAUUCAUGUAUGGUAUCAAUAAAGAUGAAUUUUCACUGAAA